UGUACACUUUGCUUUACUGGAUAGUUACAGAGCUGCUUCAUGUGUUAUGCUUACAUUGUGUGCAAGUGCUGACCCCAUCCAACGCGCCAGAGUGUUCUAGAAGCCAGACGAUGGAGCUGGGCUACUCUAUGCCCGUCCGGUACGAUCAAACACGUUUUCCCCCUGUACUAGGUCAAGGUCAGGUGUGCAUCAAGCAAGAGCCUGGACUCGACAACUACCACACCAAUGACAGCUACAGCAACCUCUCGUGCCAGCAGAUGGACGAACCCAAACGGUUUUUUCUCAAGGACAAGUCAGUUCUGAGCGAGUGUGAGCUGAGUAGCUGGAUCAACACUCACCCCAAACACUGGACCAAAAAGGAAGUCUUGGACUGGAUCUUCUCAGUGGUCGAGACGGACCAGCUGGACGGGUCACGUGUCCAGGGCGAGGCCUAUCGAGACCUGACCGGUCAGGCGCUCUACCAGAUGUCCAGGGAAGACUUUGAGAGCGUUGACCCCUUGUACGGCAGCCGGAUGUACGAGACCUUCAGGAACCUGGUGAAAAAUAUCAACUUCGAGAAACCUGUCCACGUGACCGGUGACCAGAGCCUGGACAACUUCAACCAGAUCAACAGCGACAUCAACAACAACAUCAGCAAGGACAUCGGCGACCGCAUCUUUGGGAGGUCAAGCUGUGCCCACAGGUCGGAGGGGGUCGAUUCAGAUGGUCUCAGAGUAAUUCAAACCGGAAAUGACGUAACGGUGGAGAUCCCGUCCAUGGGAUUGUACUCCAUCUCCCCCGACAUCGAGUUCCCGUUCUCCUCCAAGUCCCUCUCCUUCAUGACCCCUCCCUCCCCCUGCUCCAGCCACCACCCCUCCUCCUUAAACUCCUCCCUCAAUUCUUCCAUGUCGUCCUCACACCACCCCUCCCACCAUCCCUCACACCACCCCUCACACCACCCCACAGACCCAGCCUUCAGACACAGCAGCUACAGAACCUCCCCCCUCAACAUCCCCCUCUCCGUCCAGUCCCCUCCACCCAGGUCAUCCUCCUCCUCCUCCUACCAUCACGUGAUCGACGACCGUGAUUCCGGCUGUUCCAGUGAUGAUUCAAUGACAAGACAGCCUACUUUCAUGACGUCAUCAUUAAUGGACAUGGACGAGUCAUCAAGGCUGAGUCCAGAUCUGUGUGACGUCAUGGUGUCCAGCUCUCGGGGGUUGAAAAAAGGCAGACACAAUGCCACCAAGAACGGGAACCACUUGUGGGAAUUUGUUCGGGAUCUGCUGAGGGACCCAAAAACCAACCCGAAACUUUUGAAGUGGGAGGAUCAUGAGAACGGCGUGUUCCGGUUCGUCCAGUCCGAGGCUGUAGCGAGGCUGUGGGGAGAGAAGAAGAACAACCCUCUGAUGACGUAUGAGAAACUCAGUCGGGCCAUGAGGUUCUGUCGGACUGCCGGCUACUUCGAGACCGUACCUAAGAAUGGAAAGUUCCCGAAGAAACUUUGCUUCAUGUUUGGCAGCCGAGCGCACGGGUGGAAGGACUAGAAACUUAACCAUUCGCCUACUUGACACCCGCUGAAAUCUUGACAACUGACCAAUUUUUGCCACUCCGAAAUUCUGAACCACCAAAAUAUUUCAGCAUGCAAUAGAAUCUUGGCAAAUGCACUAGAAUCUUGGCAUAUGCACUAGAAUCUUGGUAUAUGCACUAGAAUCUUGGCAUGAUUCUGUCGUUCAAUGAAAACUUGGCAACAGUUUCUCAGUGACAAGUUGUGAUGCCUACGAUGGUUACAGUUCCCACAAUUCAGCGUUUGUACAUACGAGCACACCUGUUUUGUUUACAGUUCACAGCAGCACGAGGCCUAUAAAUAGAAACACGCAUGGACUUAUUUCUCUUUUCACACACAUUUCAAACUUAAUCUCCGUGAUGUAACGUGGGUUAGACAUAGCCUACGUUCAACUUGAUACAACUCUCAUUUACUCAAAUCUUUUCUGAUGGUACAUCGUGCUUCGAGUCAAGGGUUCUAAAACUGCUUUGUUUGAUGGUACAUCGUGCUUCGAGUCAAGGGUUCUAAAACUGCUUUGUUUGAUGGUACAUCGUGCUUCGAGUCAAGGGUUCUAAAACUGCUUUGUUUGAUGGUACAUCGUGCUUCGAGUCAAGGGUUCUAAAACUGCUUUGUUUGAUGGUACAUCGUGCUUCGAGUCAAAGGUUCUAAAACUGCUUUGUUUGAUGGUACAUUGUGCCUGCCUCAGGUUAAAGGUUCUAAAACUGUGGGUGAGAUGAAGCGAUCUAAAAGUAUUUUGUUUUGGAACUACGUUGGAAUGAUCAUCUUUUUACUGAAGUCUGCUUGAAGCAUGAUCUAACAAUCUGGUCUGACCUGGUUUAGAACCCACGCUAAUUUAGCUUUGGUUGGUGGUCGAAAACAAAAAACCUAAACUCCCCAUCAACACAUUGU